UGUUGUUGUACAUAAAUUGAUAGUGCAAUCAGUAACAUUAAGUGUUUAGAUAAGGCUGUUAACAUUGGACAGAAGACUGUCGACUUUUUUAAUAUGCCGGUGAUUUCGCCACGUAGAUCAUCAACUUCAGCCAGUGGCAGUAUUUACACAACAUCCUCGUCAUCGGCCGCAGUCGGACCUACAACAUCGUCGGAAUCUUCGUCUUCUUCCUCCAGAAGUGUGUCAGAUCGAUACAGCAGCAGCGCUUACAAAUCGUAUUUGGAUCGGGCUGGCAGUUUAUCUAAACUUACCAGUUCUACGUCCUCCUACAGUCCAAAUAUAAGCAGUUAUUCUUCGUACUCGUCCUACACGCCCCGUUCUUCCACAACAUACCGCUCAUCGGCGUCUAGUCUUACUGGCGGUUCAUCUGGUGUUGGAACAUACCGCAGUAUUUUGCCAUCUUUAGGCUCAAACAGUAGCAGCUAUGAUACAACUACGCUCAGCCGAUACGGAGUGAGGAAACAUGGAAAGGCUUUGGAUAUAUUAAAAAAUGACUGCAAUGGCCGUGAGAGCACGGUCUCCAAAAAACCACCUUCUGGUUCAGAUUGUAGUGGUGCUGGCAGUGGCAGCAGAGAGUCGAAACGCUUGUCAGGUUCAUCUUCAUCCUCAUCCCUGGCGCGUUUGGUUGCCACUUCUGGGCUGGACAUGUAUGAAAAGUACAGUCCGGCCCAUUAUAAACCAAAUACUGAACUGUCUGGUUCUAGAUCAGGGCUCAAUGAGGCCGGCAUCAGUAACGAUAUUGAGGAACGCGGACGAACCACCGACAUUAGCAACAAUACAAGCACAACCGCCAAUGACUUACGCUCCCGAAAUCGUUAUAGUCGUUUGUAUUCUCGACAAGACACCGAUGAGACAGACAAUGUUUCAUCGGCCAUUAGAUCCUCUUCGGCGACAGCUUUAAAUUCGUCUGCCAGUGUAGAAGAUGUUCCAACGAUUACAUUAAGCCGCACACGUUUGCGUCGCUCCAAACCCACAGAGGACAAAGAAACCAAGAAAUCGAGCCUAAGAAACGGCACUAGUGACUAUGAUAGCAAAACAUCUAGUUCACUGGACCGACCGCUCAUAACCAGUAAUGGAAUUGAUACAGUUGUCCAUAUCAAGCUCAAUAAAUUGAAAGUUAACGAUCACAAUGCCAACACUGAAAAUUCAAUUUCAACAACAACGGCACAAGAAGAAAAAAAUGAUCCUGUGACAACGACAAGUAAUCAUCACAAUAGCAUAGAAACGCCAGAAGACAAUGAUGCAUCGAACAAGACAACAAGCAAUUUUCAAAAAUUCCCCAUGCUUAAAGAAAAAUGUGAUCCCGAAAUUGUAACCACAAAGGACGCUCACCAACAGCAGCAGCAACAAUUUAAAAAUUCAACAGUGACAAAAUACAUUCCAGCUGUAGAAUACAAACAUUCCGGAAAAGAGAUACAAGUUAAAGGAUCUCUAAUAAAUGUCCAGUCAUCUGAGGCCGAAUCGAAUCCAGUAAGGAAGGCCAAUCAACCGUUUUUCCUUAUCAAUGCCUAUAAAGAUCAAAAUUUCCUUAAAGAAGAGUGCGAAUUGGCCCAUGCUUUAGUCGCAAAAGUCGCCAAGGAUAGUGGCAAGAAUUCGACCAAAACAUUACCCCAGGUCAAAGAUUUUCGGCCACUUGCAAUUUCCAAUAAUAUAUUUUAUAGCAACAAUAACUUGCAACGACCGUCAGCAGCCUUUGCUGCCACAACAAAUGGGAUGCGACGAACUGGUAAUGGUACACAUUUGGGCACAACCACAGCGGUUGCGACGGCAACAAAUAAGGUUGAGAUCAACUACAGCGGCCCACAGUUCAAAGGAUUAUCAUCGUCGUCGUCGUCAUCAUCAACAACGGUCUCAACUUUUGCCACAUCUGCAUCCACGGCGUCCAAGAAAUUAAACUCAGCUGCCAGCAACAGCAGCAGCAGCACCUCUUUUGCAACGAACAAGUUGAAUAUACGUAAUCAAGUCAAACCCUUGGUCCAUAGGAGCAGCGUUCUCGCCACGAACUCAUUUUCCUCCUCUAUUCACUCCCUGCAGCAAAAGAAUAACCACAACAACAACAAUAAUAAUAACAACAACAACGGAAGUAACAAUAGUCUAAACAAUAUUGCGGCAACAAGUAGCGGCAAUAACAAUAUGCAAACGUCUUUGGAUCAAGACGACAUAAAAUUCAUCGACAGCGAUGAACCACCACCACCUGCAGCCAUGGCCAGUGAACGGAAAUCAACACAAAGUGGAUACGAUCAGCGUUGUUGUAUAAACGCUUCGACUUCGUCUUCGUCGAAGAAUCGCAUUAGGCCCAAAUCAACAAUCAUUUGUUCCAGCAGCCAUUCUGCGUCUUCAACCUCAUCCUCGUCCACAUCCAACGCCACCAAUAAUAUGAUUUUUGAAAAAAUCAAUCACUAUAAGUAUGCCAAUGGUAGUCUAGGCGCCGGACUCAAUUCAACAUUAUCGAGUAGCGUCGAUAGACGGACGGAAACUGCCAUUGACCAAAAUAGUAUUCGGGCUUCAAUUGAAAAGUUCAAUAGUUUUAGUGAGCAAAAACGUUUGCCUCCCAGUUCAGUAACGCUGCGAUCCCACAGCGGUAGUGGUAGCACGAGUAACCUACAACAUCAUCGGCACAGUAGUGAUCUGGACAAUUGCAAUUUGAAAUUUCCCAAUAACGGUGGUGGUUCAUUGACUCGUACACCAUAUCGUAGUUCGGGGACUAGUGGGGCAGGUAAAGUUAUUACCAGUUUGCAUCCAAGUGCUUCGGCGGCUGUGUCGUCUGCUUCGAGUCGUCAUGCCGCAAUACUCAGCAGUAGUCCCAACAAUACCGGUAGCCUGCCACUAAAGAGUAGCAAACACUAUGCUCAAGCCGAGGAUACCACCUUUACAUCACUGUCUAGUUCUGUUGAUGGCGAUGCAAGUAAAAAGAAGCUCGCAUCAAUUUCUGGCGGUCUUACCGAAACUAUGGAUGAAACUAGUAGUGUGCGUACAUAUUCCGCGUUGAAAAGUACCCUUCCGACUGCUUCGCCAACGUCAUCACGAUACUGGGAUAGGGAUACCUCAAGAUCAUCACUAAUAUCUUCCUCAACGUCGCAAGCCGAUGAUAAUAAAAAAUCUGCAGUUAAUGACGAAGAAACUGAAGGUUUAUGUGGACUGAGAAAUAUUGGAAAUACGUGUUUUAUGAAUUCCGUCAUACAGUGUCUUAGCCACACAAAUGAAUUAACGAAAUUUCUACGGAAUUACAAUGCCACUAAAUCGCCAACUUCAAAGGAUCAACAGAUCUUAUAUGAAUUCUCCAAACUUAUCAAAGAAAUGUGGACAAACAAUGUACAUAGCGUAACUCCUAUGGAAUUGAAGAGGUCCUUCUCGGCCAAGCAUCGUAUGUACAGUGAUUAUAAUCAACAGGAUGCUCAAGAAUUCCUACGUUUCUUUUUGGAUUCGCUGCAUUGUGCAUUGAAUACUGGCGUUAAAGGCGAAGUUCUCAAAAUAGAUGAUAACUUAAGUGACAAUAAAAAGGCCGAACUAACAUGGGAGUGGUAUAGCCGUUUGGAAAACUCUCUCAUACGUGAUUUGUUUGUGGGCCAAUUGAAGAGUACACUACGCUGUACCACCUGUGGCAAUACCAGUGUUACUUUUGAUCCCUUUUGGGAUUUAAGUGUGCCAUUGCCGUCAUCGUCACGUUGCAAAUUAGAAGCCUGUCUUGAUUUAUUUAUAAGAGAGGAGGUAUUAGACGGUGAUGAAAUGCCAACUUGUUCUAAAUGCCAAACAAGAAGAAAAUGUACGAAGUCUUUUACUAUUCAACGAUUUCCAAAAUAUCUUGUUAUACAUUUGAAACGAUUUUCUGAGACACGUUGGAGCAAAUUGUCCAAUAUUGUUGAAUUUCCAACCGGAGAACGAGAAUUAAAUAUGGGUCCUUAUGGUGCGAAUGCCAAUUCAAAUAUGUACUUUUCACUUUAUGCCAUUUCAAACCAUAUGGGCUCAACGGCAGGUGGUCAUUAUGUCGCUAUUUGCAAACAUCCUGUCUCAAAGAAAUGGCAUGAGUUUAACGAUAACCUUGUAAGCGAAUCAUUGUCUGAGCAUCAUCUUGUUUCGUCCAGUGCCUAUAUAUUAUUCUAUGAGCGUGCGUAAAUAAAUGUAGGAAAUUUUCUUCAGAGUUAUACUAGAAUAUUUUUAUCACGGAUUUUCUCUGCGA